CCGGGGCAAGAUGGCAGCACUCUUUGUGAAGCCAUUAUCUAACCUCCGUUGUAUUUCUGGUUCUCAUCUAACCGUGAAGGACUGUCGAUGUCCAUCGCCUGCACUAUUUUUCCUCAGAAUAACACACUAUUUUACUUUCAUUCAGUCUUGUUGGAGGAUGGGUUAGAAGCAAUGUUAGGCGAAGCUGAAAACGGGGCUACCAUGGUGUACGGAAACCGACCAAUGGGCGUGUAGAAGAUUGCUAUCUGGGCUGGGUCUGCGCGGGAGCGUGGAAGGGCAUGCAUGUUACGCCCUGACGUAUUUCCGUUUCCGUCUAUUUCCCCGUCGCGUUUGGUUGGACCGGCUUGUUGCGGGGAGGGCGGGGACAGAUUGUUUGGUACUUGGGAUCUCAGUGCACUGAGGGUAAGGCGAGCUCCUCGGAGACGCUAAGACGACGCCUCUGCCCGCGCCCGGCUUUCUCUGCACCGCCCCCAGCCUGUAGGCGCGCCUGCCUCGGCCUCCCGAAUGGUGCCCCCCUGUGCAGGCCUUGGCCCAUCAUACAGCCUUCCUCUGCCCCCUGCCUCGGGGCUGUGGCUUCGGAGACUCCUGGUGGACUCCCUGUGGUGCGGAGGGCAGAGAAUCUGCAUAGAACCCUUCACUCCAGGAACCCCGGGCAGCCGGACUCGCGGCCUCUGACUGCGAGUGACCUUCCUGUGCGCCCUGGUCUGCCGCCUUUUGAGCCAAGAAGCCUGUCCUUCCCGUCCAAAGCCCAGGAAGCCCCAAGCUGAGGCCCUGGACCCAGCAUGUCGGUCUUGUCUUGUGCUUAGGGCUCUGCCCUCCCCGGGCCGAUGGCAGAGUUCAGGCAGGUCCCAGGGGGGCGGGAGACCCCGCAGGGUGAGCUGCGGCCGGAGGUGGUGGAGGAUGAAGUCCCCAGGAGCCCAGGGCCAGAGGAUCCUGGCGGCCGUGGCAGCAGUAGCAGUGAGUCCAAGUUGUCACCAAGAGAGGAGGAAGAACUGGACCCUAGGAUACAGGAAGAACUGGAGCACCUGAACCAGGCCAGCGAGGAGAUCAACCAGGUGGAGCUUCAGCUAGACGAGGCCAGGACCACCUACCGGAGGACCCUGCAGGAGUCCGCCCGGAAGCUCAACAUGCAGGGCUCCCAGCUGGGCAGCUGCAUCGAGAAGGCCCGGCCCUACUAUGAGGCGCGGAGGCUGGCCAAGGAGGCGCAGCAGGAGACACAGAAGGCGGCGCUGCGCUAUGAGCGGGCCGUGAGCAUGCACAACGCCGCCCGCGAGAUGGUCUUCGUGGCUGAACAGGGCGUCAUGGCUGACAAGAACCGCCUGGACCCCACGUGGCAGGAGAUGCUCAACCACGCCACCUGCAAGGUGAGCCUCCCCGCUGCCCGCCUUGUGGGGCUGAGGCUGAUCCCGCGUGGCUCAGGACCUGGGCUGUGCUGGGCGGCUGGGCCAUGGUGCUCACACCUAUGUGGUGCAGUUGGGGGUCUUGGCUCUGCGAGGGGUGUGCGCCUCGUUUUCUCGGUGUUGCACUUACUGCACAGUUAACAGAUAAUAUCGCCCUGUGGCCCAGUGUGUGGUGGGACUCUGUGCUGUCCUACUUCGGAACCAGGGACCCUUGGCCAGCCAGGCUCCUUUCCUGUCAGCUGGGAGCUUUGCUGUGUGCCUUGAUUUCUGAGGUGCAACUUACGUAUGGUCUCCAAGGUCAGAAAGCCUGCGAGGGCCUCCAGCUCGGGUUCCUCUCAUCUUCAGCCACUCCUGUGGCAGCCAAUCCGGUCCCGUGUCCCUGUCCCCCUCCAGCACCCCACCCCUGCGCUCUGUGCAAGACUGGGGCCUGGGGUGCAGGGAGGAGAGCGCUGAGCUGCAGGGACUGGUCACUGCAGAGCUCACACCAGGGGCAGCAGGUC